AAUUAUUGAUUGUUUGUUGUGUGUGUAGAUGACAGUGAUAGAAGUGGAAGCACCGAGCCCAAUGAGGUACAUGAUGGGAGCAGCAGUAAUGAUGAUGGGGGUAGUAUUGCCACUUGCUUAUAUGAUGUUUAGGAACAAACGCGUUCCUUCCUCUUCUUCUUACUCUAAACAGACGUAGGAAUAAGGUUCUUAUAUAGACUUUAGAGGCAUACUGACAAUGAGCUUCUGGAAAGGAGAAGAAGGGGAAGAGUAAGAGGGUGGCAGCUCAGCAAUUCUUGUAAACGCAUUAACUUUCGUAUUUGGAUUGAGAUCUCUUUAUUGUUAAUUUUUACUGAACGUUAGGAUUCUUGUUUCCCGUAGUUUAGUCUGUGUUUUCCGCUCAAGGGUAUAGAUUAGCUGGCUUAUCAGAUCAAAUAGAAAGGAAACCCGCUUCUGCUGUAUUCUUAUUAUCUCCUAUAUAUGGUGGAUUAUUGUUGUGAAUGUCUGUUUCCUAGGAUGCAAACUGUCAGCAAAACCUUGAGUCUUGUUGCGCUUAAACAUAAGUAUAUUUUGUUGAUCAAGUUGUAAGGUAAUAGCUUGCGGUGAUAUAUAUCAUGAGAAUUGUUGUGUA